UAGCGCUCCGGAUCAGAAAGUGGAAUUCGUGGUACUUGCCGAAUCCGGAUUCCUCCUGACAACCCCGCAACAGACAAGUCGCUUGUUAAUCGCUGCAGCGAGGCGCUUUUGCUGGCGGCGGCCCGAUUCAGAUCGAAGAAGGAAGGAAAGGAGGGAAGCAAACGGAACCAUGGAUCUGAGUUCAGGGAUUCAAAAAGUCUCAAUUACCCAUCAACCAUCAGGAAGAGGUGUGCCUUGUUUGAAAUGCAGAGAAAAGUGUGCUGGUUUUGAACCACAUUCUUGGAGGAAAAUAUGCAAGUCAUGCAAAUGCAGCCAGGAGGAUCAUAGCCUGAGCUCUGAUGCAGAAGAUGAUCGGAAAAUUGGCCGCUUGCUUGCUGAUUCAAAAUAUUCUUCCCUCACUGCUCGGGUAAAAGGAGGCGAUGGAAUCCGCAUCUAUAAAAGGAACCGCAUGAUUAUCACUAAUCCUAUAGUAUCUCGGAAAGAUCCAACUUUUGACACCGUUACAUAUGAAUGGGCUCCACCUGGAUUGACUCAGAAACUGGCGACCCAGUAUAUGAGUUUGAUUUCAAAGGAAAUGCAACCCGUGGCUGGCACAGAAGGUGCUUAUUACCGUCGUAGAAGGUUGAUGAGACAACUUCCUCUGUAUGAUCAGGACCCUUCCCAAUGUCGGGGCCUUUCGGAGAAUGAAAUCAAGCUGAUGGAAGAGUUUAUAAAACAAUAUAAAGACAAUGCUCUUGGAGUCGGAGAAGUUGCACUGCUGGGUCAAGGGGGAGCUGCUAAAGAGGAAGGAAAGCAAUCUGAUAAAAACACUCCAGCAAGUAAAGAAGCAGCCUCAACCAAUGGCACGUUGGGCCAUCUAUCAAAGGGGCAGGACUUGUGUUGUGACUUCUGCAAGCAGGUGUUACCUGCUGAGUUUCCAGUAGUGUAUGCAGACCGAGCCGGCUACAAUCACCAGUGGCAUCCAGCAUGCUUCAUGUGCUCUAAGUGCUCUGAACCACUUGUUGACUUGAUCUACUUCUGGAGCAAUGGAGCCAUCUGGUGUGGACGCCAUUACUGUGACAGCAUAAGGCCCCGCUGUGCAGCUUGUGAUGAGAUCAUAUUUUCUGAUGACUACCUGCAAAAUGAAGGCCUUACCUGGCACAAACAGCAUUUCACCUGCCUGGAAUGUGAGAGCUCGCUGGCUGGCAAACCCUUCAUCCUAGAUGCAGCCAGCUUGCGGUGUACCUCUUGCAGUAAAAACAAGCUCUCUUAAACUGGGUGUCAUUUCAAAGCUGACGUUUUUGUGUGUUCUGACUUGGAACGGACUCAUUGGUGGGGAAGUUUUAAGCCAAAGAAGUUGCAUCCUAAGGAUUUAGAUCACUAAAGUUAUUUGCAAUCAAGUAAUUACAGGAAACGAGAUGGGAAAUGAUAACGCAGUAGGAAAAGAAUAGAGGAAUGGAAUGUUCUAGGCCUUUCAGGAAAGACUUUAAACGUAACCAAAUGUACUGAAAACUAGGCCCCAUUAUGUUAAAUUAUUUCAACUUUGGCAUAUUAGAAAAACAACUACUCCAGGAGGUUUAGAAAUAUAUGCAUACAAUUAUCAUUGUGCUGCUGGGUUUUGCUGCUUUUUUUUUUUUUUUUUUUUUGGUAACCAAAGGGCUAUAUUUCUAAACUAAAUAUCACAAUGCCAUUGCCCACAAAUGAGUAGUUUUAGAAAUAUAUGUAGAAUGAUAUAGUGGGAAAACAAAACCGCCAAUAUCUGCAAGAGAAGGCGGUUCCCCUUCCCCUAUUGCCUCCAAGAAACAUGAUUAUGGUAUGAAAAACAGAUUACAUAAGAAAUGGUUUGACAGCUUAAAGAACCUGAAAGCAGAGUAGCUUGCGAAGGAUCACUGGAAAAAUACAGGUUAUAAUCAAUGGAUGAUUUUUCUUCUUAAAAAUGCUAUCUAGAAGUAGAAUUAAAGCAAAAUACAUAUCUGAUGAGCUUUCUGGAUUAUACAUGUAUUCAACAUUUUGAUGAUUUUAUUCUGUCCCAUCUUUUUUUUUUUUUUUCGCAUGAGGAGGGGGCAGCAAACAGAUGAAAAUACUUCAUUUUAGUGCAUUUAGAAAUCUAUGUGCAGUGGUCUUUUUGCCAACAGCCACAUGGAGGGAGUAAAGGCUAAUAAAUCUCAGCACAUUAGUGCUUGAUCUCUGGAGGCGCUGCUUACACAACGUUGCUUUCAGACUAGGAAGAAGUAAUCACAUAAAAUCAGCUUAGAUAUUCUUGAUAACUUCUCCCUACCCCAUUGUUGAACAGUCAUGGCAAUAGGAUUGAUUCACAUAGGCGACCUUUAAGCACAUGGUUUUGUGUAGCCCCUAAAGAAGACUGUUUGAUAGUGCUUGAAACCUUCCUGAUGGGAUUGGAUUUUGUUCUUGCCACCCCAGCCAGCUAAUGCUCAACAAAGAGAGGAGAUGUGUUUGUAUAAAUGUAUUUAUACAAGGACAAGAGAAUUUAACAUGUAUAUAGAGACUAUUAAUAUUAAAUUCUCAAUUGCUACAUCCCAUCAUAGAUUUUGAAAUGGGCAGUAAAAUUCAUUCUUCUUAACAUUUGUGAUAGGGCUUUUUUGGCUUUAACAGUAAGAAAUUUUAAGAAAACAAAAUAGUAAUGGGCUAUGUUUAUAGCAAGUGAGUGCUUGCAAAAGGAUAUUGGUUUUCUUGGUAAGAGUACUUUAAAAUUCUAAAAGCUAGCCAAUUAAUUCUGCUAGGAUUAGCAGCAAGGUUUAUAUUGGCUAGAUUUGCUGUUUCAACUAAUACCAAGGCUCUUUACUAUAAAUAAUGGAUACUUCAUUAGCAAAUAGAAAAAUAUUUGUUGUUAAAUAACAUUAGAUUUGGUCAAUUAAUAAUGACAAUUUAUAGAAAUCUUUAAUGCGAUAAAAGGUAUUGCCUUAACAGAAACUGGAAAAUAUCUUUUUGGUUUUAGACGCAACAUGUAUUAAACAUUUUUUUGUGUGUUUGAAAACAAAUUAGAACUUAACCUUUUAUGGGAAUUAGAGAUUUGUCCCAUUUGUUCUAUACUGUUCAUCUAAUACAAGCAUCUCCAAAUAUCCAGUGCUAAAGACACCUCUUGCAGAUACAAAACUUGUAUCUUUCAAAAUACACAGUAUAUACAACAGAACUCCAUGGGCAUUUGUGAAGUGUGUCUUUCUUUAAGAAAGUGUGUUCAGUUCAGUUACGUAGGCAUCUCAUACAUGUUAACAGAACUGCAUCUCAAUGUCUUUUAAGUCUGUAUUUGACACUCGGGGCAGUAACUAACUAACAUGGGUGUUAAUGUAGCAGGAUCAUCUACAAAAAAGUUAACUUAAAUGUAUUCUUGUAAAUUGGAAGAGAGGGCCUAUGAGUAGUGUGCAUUUGAAAGAACUUCCUGCAGAAGUCAAUGCUUAGGUAAAAAAAUCUGAAUGCUAAAUCAAAACUAGCUUAGGCCAAUUUGACCUUCAUUUCCUACAAAGGAGGCAGUCGUUCAGGUACAUACCAUUUUUUUUUUGAGGUGCUGUUUAUCAUGGAGCAUUAUUAAUAGUCAUUGACCACCAUUAGUGGCUGGUAAAAUGAUUCUCAAGAUACAGGAGAGUCUGAUUAUGAUUCUUCUUUAUUUCUUCUAUGUUUUACUUUAGAUAACUUUAUGUAUAUGUAGUUGAUAUGCAGCUGUUCUACUUCUGAUCAUGGUGGUGAUUUGUGAGAGUGGAGGCCACAACAGGUUGCCUUCCUACAUACUGUAAGGAUCAGCCAGACUAUCAAUUCCCCUAGUUACAGUGUUUGUAAUUUAUCUGUUCCAAUCUAAUGUCUCUGGAAGUACUAAAAUUAUAGUUCUCCUCAUCCCCAACCAGCAAGGUCAGUGGGGAUAACAGGAAUUAAUAGUCCAAUGGAUUUGGAAAAUAUCACCGUUGAAAAGAUUGCUAUUAUACUUUAUGGAUUUUUUUUAUCUAAUUGUCAGUGGGAUGCUGGGAACUGCAUAAUUCAAUAUGUGGCUUUUAUUUUAUUUUGAUGGAAUACUAAAUGCAUUCUGGACUGUGCCUAAUAGCUUUUGUAUGUUGAUGAGACUUAAGUUCUAUAAUAAAUUUUCAGAAGUUUAAGUAUUUGUGACAGGGGAACUUUGCAGCUGUGUAUGUUUGGAGGAGCAAGCUUUUCUUCAAUCACAGGUCAGAAACUACAUUUGUGAUUAAUUUCCAAAGGGAAUCAAUCGGAUUAGUAUAAUACUCAUUGGAUUUCUACCUUCCCCCCCAGCUGUUGGUUUCCACUGACUAGCAUUCCUCCUUAUGACUGUGCAAUAUUUUUCCAGUCCAUGAUUCUCAUGGAUUUGGAAGGUCUACCAGUUCAAAUACAAAGAAUUUGCAAGCCAUUGUUUAAGUCUGAAUGAGAAUAAGGAAGCACACAAUGCUUGUCUGUGUUAUGGCCAGCAGGUUGCAACCUUCAUGUCAAGGAAACUUCAUUAAGGCCAUCUGCUAAUCUUUUUGCAUCACUGCUGGUUUUAAAGGUAAAUAAAUGGUUUUUCUAAUGUGGAUCGAGACAGAUCACAAAGGUUGCUCCAGCAUCAUGUUCUAGGAAUUGCACUCUGUGACAUUGUGCCUAUAUGCAAGAGAUGUUAAGGUCCAUGAUUCCAGAAGCAAUCUCAUUAUCCCUCUUUGAUAUUCAUUUCAGUUCUGAUUCCCUGGGAGUUUUGCUAGUCAUGGAACUUAUCAGUAAUGGAAUAGAGUGUGCUUAGCUUUGUUUCCCUACAAAACAACGCUUCUAUUUUUUUUUUUCUCAUUGAUGGAAUGAGACUCGGAGUUGGCUUCUUGCCUCCGCAUUUAUAUAUAUAUAUACUUUGUGUUGUUUAAAUUGUAGAGCUUAAUGUAUCUAAUAUUUUUCCCAAGAGAUGAACUGACAAGCCAUGGAAAUGUAUCUAAAUGCUUCAAUAUAAAGUGUUCAAUAAAUAAAAUAUUAAAAUGAAAAUUGUU